UCCUCUUCCUCCAAUGCUUUGAUAGUUGUCUAUGAAGAGUUUGAACAAUUUUUUCUCAGCACGGAAACUGAAUUGGACUACCUUGAGCUGCUGGUCUUGCACCAGCCAAGAUAUGAGUAGCGUUGGGAGUAGGGAUAUCACCCCGCUCGGCCUAGCAAGAAGAGGGCAAAUGUGUUCUCUAUUUCAAUCCAUGUGGAUGACUGUCUUGCAGAGUAGUCUGCAUAAGCAAGCCUUUCUCGGUCGCACACUCGGCAAGGCUGUGGCUGAUGAAGCCGAGCUACUGGACUCGUUUUUUAAAACUGGAGUGCUCAAUACAUAUUUAUUGCUCUCUUGCCAGUCGAAGUCUGAUGUACCAUCAUGGGCACAUUCGGACUACAAACAAGUGCCUAUAACAGGUUGGUCACAGCCUUUGUUGCUGUGGGAUCGAUAACAUACGGUUAUUGCUCCUCCAUUAUCUCGAGCACCAUUGGCCAGCCGGAAUGGUAUACCUACUUCGAACUUCCUCGGGAGGGUCAGCAUGGAUACAGGUCGAUCACAACAUCCGCCAUAUCAACCUCCAACGGUGUGUACAGCGCAGGAGGUGCCGUUGGAUGUCUCUUCAUCAUGUGCAUGUUUCAGGCAGGUCGCUUCAUCUGUGGCUUGGGCAUUGGUAUAUUGGUGACCGUCUGCCCUAUGUAUUUAUCCGAGAUAUCGAGCGCUUUCCGCCAGGGUUGGCUUGUGGGCUAUCAUGCAAUCUUUCUGGUCUUUGGAUACAUGCUUGCUGGCUGGGUUGGCUAUGCAUGUUACUUCGCGCAGGGCCAAAUGGGGACUUUUGGUUGGAGGUUUCCGCUCUGUCUACAAUGCCUAUCACCCUUAAUACUACUUAGCAAGCAGAGUGAGGCACAGUCUGUCUUGGAGCGACUGCGCAAGUCCCCCGAUGAUCCUGACAGCCUUAAGGAAUCGUACCAGAAACGUAUGAUCAUCGGGUUCCUGACUCAAUGGGGGGCCGAGUUUGGUGCGCCUCUAAUCACAAACAACUAUGCCGUUAUCUUGUAUACCAAUCUUGGAAUGACAGGCAGUACGCCCUUGUUGUUGAGUGCAGUAUGGUUGACCACGGCCGGAAUCAUAUAUAAUCUGCUCGGAGCUUGGCUUCAUGACCGCGUAAAUUCGAGGAGGAGGAUGUACAUCACCGGUUUCAUCGCACAAUAUGCCGGGACUAAGAAUCGAGUGGGAAACGGAUUUGCAACCUUUAUCCUGCUUGAAACGGCUCCGAUGGGCUUCAACAGCAUCGGGUGGAAGUACUACCUGGUCAUCAUUUGCUGGUCUGCCUUCUUUGUUCCAGUUAUCUAUCUCAUCUUCCCUGAGACUGCCCGUUCGACCCCGGAGGAAGUGGCAAGGAAUUUUGAUGAACAGGUGGCCGUCCGUCUCACGGAUGCUACUGAAGAAGAGAAGGCACGACUUGAACGGGAUCUUGCAGCGAGGUUUCACUCCUACCAUCUAUUCAACACAAAUAGAGAGAACCAGGCUCUUGACAGUCCUACUGAUCAUCAGGUCUGAUCAGGGUCAUUACAGCCGAGUGCUCUGACCAUUACGGAAGGACAUACUACUAAAGUCACAUCCGAGCGACCGAUAGCUUUUUGAAUUCUUUCCACAUGCCUACGUUCAGCUGGCUCAUUGUGAGUUGCAACUUGCUAGUGACUCGGGUGUUUGGUUUGAUUUCUCUUCGCUGCAACUGACGCGUUGUGGCUGAGACGUGCGACUGUGUCCAAAGCUAUUGUCCUCAGGAGUCGCUGUGGGGACCUCAAGUGGCACCGAGAGAAUUUGAGCCAAUAAGAUGAGGCGAAGGCCAACGACGAAUUGGCCGAGCGUCGGGUGGAAUUGUGAGUUCGAGCGCACUGAUCUGGAGUGGAACGAACAUGGCUAGGUUAAGUGAGACUAGGUAGGUGUGUGGGGGGAGGUGAGGGUAGCUUGUAAUUCUAAGAUAGUCAAUCUGAAGGAUGGGUCCUCGAUGGCAUGGUACAUACUUUAGUUGACGGCAUGAAGCAUCCGU